CAAACUUCUUCUUUUUAAUAUACAAGUAAUACCCCAGUUGGUUCUUAAGUUAGUUGUAAAAUUCAUAUGAUUAAUUAAUUAUUGAAUUGAUUGUAACACCAUAUACUGCUAAUUUACUUCAGACAAACAAUCUCUUUUUCAUAAAAUAUCUGUACACUUUCCUCCAGCAUUUGCUGUUCUCCCUCAAUUUCAUCGCCUCUUCUUUAGCAAAUGACCAAUCAAACAAGGGCUUUUUCAUUCGUUACAUUAACCCAAACCCCUUUUUUCUCUUGUACUGUGUAUACAAAGAGAAUUUGACUGUUAUACCCAAAAGAAAUCAAUGGGGUUUGAAUUCAAAACCCCUUUUGUGUUGUACGUCUAGUUGUGUGUAUAAACAGGGAUUUUGAUUGUUUUACCCCCAAAGAAAUCAAUGGUUUUUUCAUUUAUAAGGUGAAUUCAAAACCCUUUUGUGUUGUGCGUAUAAACGGAGAUUUUGAUUGUUUUAUCCCAAAGAAAUCAAUGUGGUUUUCAGUCAUGAACUGAACUCAAAACCCUUUUGUGUUGUAUAAACAGAGAAUUUGAUUGUUUUACCCCAAAGAAAUCAAUGGUUUUUUCAUUCAGGAGGGGGAGUUAAAACCGUUUUGUGUUGUAAGUCUAGUUGCGUGUAUAAGCAGACAAUUUAGGUUGUUAUACAAUUGUAAAUGGCUUUGGAGACUCCAUCACCAGUAGUCCGACGGAGUCCGGUAAGGUACCCGGACGUUGAUUUGUCCCGUCUGAAUUUGAGUGAACAAAUUGUGCAAGAAGGAAGUCCAGUAACGCCGGUGAGAGUGGUCGACGAUGUGAUGUAUGUUGCCGUCGGGAAAGACUUGAAGGAGACUGAACCAACUCUGACAUGGGCUUUGCACAAGUCGGGUGGAAGGAAAAUUUGCAUUCUUCAUGUUCAUACUCCUGCUCAGAAGAUACCCAUGAUGGGUACAAAGUUUAACAUAGAUCAAUUGGAUGUGCACCAAGUCAGGGCGUACCAUGAGAAGGAAAGGCAAGACAUGCACAAGAUCCUGGAAAAAUAUAUUCUGAUCUGUGGACGAGCUGGGGUUCGUGCUGAUAAACUUGUCCUUGAAAUGGACUCGAUUGAGAAGGGCAUAGUCGAGCUUAUAUCGCAGCAUGGUAUAGGGAAGCUUGUUAUGGGAGCUGCGGCAAACAAGUGCUACUCUAAGAAAAUGACUGACCUUAGGUCGAAGAAAGCCAUCUAUGUGCGGUUACAAGCACCCACAUUCUGUUGCAUCUGGUUUGUAUGCAAAGGGAACCUCAUUUAUACAAGAGAAAGUAAGUCGGAGAGACUUAAUACAGACAGUGUGUCAUCGUCAAUUCCAGCAAGUCCAGUUAAUGAUAUUGUUGUGAGAUCAGGAUCUGUAACAGCAGGUUACAAUGAACAAAUAAAGCUCAGGGGGGCUUUUGCAGAAUAUAGGAGAGUUGCUUCUGACAAUAACGGGAUAAUCUUCUCUGGACUUCCCUCUGGUGGGACUUUACAGGCUAAUUUUCCAUUCAUGAGUUCAGAUAGAAGUGCUGAUAGCUGGGAUGGCAUACCGCGAAUAAGUUCCUCAGUGGCUUCACGUUUUUCAUCAAGUUCAUCUGUUGAAAUGGUUGAUGAUUCCCUUGCAAGGACUGAAAGGAACGAGACUGCAUUUGAUUCAUCUGGACUGCACUAUUUCAAUUUUGGUCCUCAUCAGCCAUCUGCUCCAAGUAUAGCAGAGAGGGAGAAUGAUGAGCUAGCUGGAAGCAUGAACGAUGAACUCUAUGAUAGAUUUGAGCAGUAUGUUGCAGAGGCAGAAACCGCAAGGCGGGAAGCUUUUGAAGAAUCAAUCAAGCGUAGGAAAGCGGAAAAGGAUGCAAUUGAGGCUAGACGAAGGGCAAAAGCAUCAGAAACAGUCUAUGCUGAUGAGUUGAGACGGAGGAGAGAAAUAGAGGAAGCACUUGCAAAAGACAAAGAAAAAGCUGAUCAGAUGAAAGCACAACUAAACAAACUUCUGAGAGAUGUGCAAGCAGCUCAAGCACAGAACUCUUCGCUGGAGAGUCAACUCUUAAAUUCUGACACUCAGGUACAAGAGUUGGAACAGAAAAUGUUCUCUGCUGUCGACCUUUUGCAGAAGUACAGGAAGGAGAGAGAUGAAUUGCAGGUGGAGCGUGAUGAUGCACUCAAAUCAGCAGAGGCACUGAGGGAACAGCACUCAGAUGGGUCUUCAUUUACAUCUACAUCUUCACUAUUUGCUGAAUUUUAUUUUCAUGAAAUUGAAGAAGCAACUGAGACUUUCAACCCAGCCUUGAAGAUUGGAGAAGGUGGUUAUGGAUGCAUUUAUAGAGGCCUCCUUCGCCACACUCAAGUGGCAGUAAAGAUGCUGCACCCUCAUAGCUUGCAAGGGCCCUCAGAGUUCCAACAGGAGGUCAAUAUUUUAAGCAAGUUGAGGCAUCCAAAUAUUGUCACUCUUAUAGGAGCAUGUCCGGAAGCAUGGACUCUUGUAUAUGAAUAUCUUCCCAACGGAAGCCUAGAAGAUCGUAUUACCUGCAAAGAUAACACACCUCCACUGUCGUGGCAAACUAGAAUUCGUGUAGCAGCAGAGCUUUGCUGUGCUCUCAUCUUCCUCCAUUCCUGCACUGCUCGGGGCAUAAUUCAUGGUGAUCUAAAACCAGCUAAUAUUUUGCUUGAUGCGAAUUUUGUGAGCAAGCUCAGUGACUUUGGAAUUUGCCGAGUUCUCUCAGAAGAUGACUUUUCAGAAAAUAGUACAACACUUUGUUACAGAACUGAUCCAAAAGGCACAUUCGCAUACAUAGACCCUGAAUUCCUCGAAACUGGAGAGCUUACUCCAAAGUCCGAUGUCUAUUCAUUUGGGAUUAUAUUACUUAGGCUGUUGACUGGAAGGCCUGCAUUGGGGAUAAAAAAUGAAAUCCAAUAUGCACUGGAUAAAGGAAAUCUGAAAAAUCUGCUGGAUCCAACUGCUGGAGACUGGCCAUUUGUGCAAGCCAAACAGUUGGCUCACUUAGCUAUGAGUUGUUGUGAGAAGAACAGGAGGUGCAGGCCUGAACUUUCUUCAGAGGUGUGGAAGGUGCUUGGACCAAUGAGAGCUUCAUGUGGGGCAUCAUCUUUUAGAAUGGAUUCCGAAGAGCAUUGUGACAUUCCAUCCUAUUUUAUUUGUCCCAUAUUUCAGGAAAUCAUGCAAGAUCCUGUAGUAGCAGCCGAUGGCUUCACAUACGAAGCAGAGGCAUUAAGAGGAUGGUUGGACAGCGGGCAUGAUACGUCGCCCAUGACAAACCUUACGCUGUCCCAUAAGAACCUUGUUCCUAACCAUGCUCUUCGUUCUGCAAUUCAGGAGUGGCUGCAACAGCAUUGACAGAAGUUUUCGAGCUUUGUCAAAUUGUCUAUAUCCUGAAUUUUCGACAGAAGCUGAUCUCUAGUUCUAUUGUAAAGCAAUACUCCAAAACCAUGUUUCUAUACAGGUUAUAUGUACAUCUUUAGAUUAAAAUGGCAUAAACUUAACUGAAGUCUGAUCAUGGACAAAGUGGUUUAUUAAACAUACAAGAAAUGGAAUAGAUAAACUUGUUUCCAUCAGUGUUACCAAAAUUUGC